AUGGAGCGGAGGCCGUCGGUCAGGGCCUUCAACGCCGCCGCGGCCAUGGGUUCGUUCAGCUUGGUAUAUAGUUUUCCAGCCGGCCGCCGGUGGUGCGGUGACGCCACCUGCCGCGGGCUGCUGUUCUAUGCCUUCUCUGGCAUUCGCGCCGCGCGCGUCAGCGUCGACGGCGUCUGGGGCGAUCUGCUGGCCAGACGCGCGUUCCUGCUGCUAUCCCCUGACUGCUGGCUGCCGCGCCGUGCGCCAGAGCCGAGGUGCUCCUCCAGAGUGCUCGCCUUGGCGAUAGGAAAGGACAUCUGGCUUGCCAGUGAGUCCAAGGCCGUCACGACUCGGGCGUCACAAGCCUGCGCCGUGCUGCGGGUUGGCCAGAACAGCCGCCGGAGGUGCGGGAACGCCACCGUCCAGCGGCUGCUGGCCUGGCUCCGCGGCCGCGGGCGCAGAAGCACUGGCCAGAAGGAAUUCGUCCGAAGGGUCUUUCCGAUCUCCCAGAAGAUUUUCAAGGAGAGGCCGGUGCCGAAGCGCAGCGUGCUCAUGGCGAUCGCUGCCGCAGCCGACCUGGCUGCUUCGCCGCCGCGCUGCGCCAGCAUAGCGGCCGCCUCCGCCAAGGCGACGGUCAUGCGCCAGCUCGUCGCGCACGGUCACGGCGCAAUCCUCGUGCACGCCGCUGCGGCACUCGACGCGCAUCAGGGCCCGCAGCUGUUCACAGAAUUUGAGUCGAUUUCCUGCCUCGCGUUGAACAUCAAGAAAACGGUGUUCAUCCCGUUGUGGAAGUACGCAUCUGAGUCCAACGUCAGAGGCCUAAUCCGGGAAUCAGCGCCGGCUUGGCGCGACAUCGCAGUGUGUUCAGCGGGCAAAUACCUUGGAUUUUGGAUUGGACCUGGUGCCGGCCUCAAGUCGUGGGAGAAGCCGGAUCUCUACAGCUUGAGGGAAACGUUCGGCUUCAAGUACUCGUUCACGAAUAUACAUUGCGUCGCCUUGGCAGCGAAACUUCGGGUCAUCGACCAAGUGGCACCAGACUGCCGCGAACGAUGCCAAGAACUUGAACAGUUGGACGACAGAUUCCUCACUGGUCCGUUUGGUACGUUCCGGAGUUUGCAUGUUGCUGAAUACUUUGCGCGCUUCGCUCGGGCGGAACAUGUUGCUGAAUGCUCCGGAGUGGCUCGCCGCAAAGUCCGCGCACUGGCAGACAAGGCAGCCCAGGGGGCCGGCGUGCACUUCCAGGCCAUAGUUGCUGACUUGGUCAAGAAAGCGCUUUACCCUGCGCCGGCGCACCGUCUCCCGCACAAGCUGUGCAGGUGGGGCUUUGGGGUGCCUGGAGACGUUCUGGCAGGCCGGGUCUCGCGGGCAUUCCACAUCGUGCACUCUUGGGUGCCCGCCGAGGGUUGCGGCAUCAUACUUACGUACGAUUUACAACGACUGGCCCUGGCGAUCUACGGGGUGUACCGCACCACGAACCACGUCCGGUUCCACGGGGGUCUAUAUCUCAAGGACACCAUCCUUACGGACGAUUUCGAGCUCGACCAAGACUCGGAGUCGAGGAGAAGAUUGAAGGAUACAACUAGGAAGCUCCGCGAGGGAGAGCUGCUAGAGGUAUACGAGUGGCCCAGGAAAGAGGAGAAGUCCGGGCUGUUGCGGAUGAAGGCCAAGGUGAAAGGCGACGGAGCCGUUGGUUGGGUGACCACGGAGGGAAACCAGGGCACCGCAUAUUGCGAG